AUGGCGGAAAGCCCCUUGUUGCUCAUUGGUGGCGCAGCUCCCACAUUGCUUAAAGGUCGUGGUGCUUUGCAGGACAUUGACCAGCUCGUUCUUUUCCAUCCUCUUUGUAAGUUUGCUGCUCGUGUAGAACGUCUGCGUGAUAUUGUACCAACUCUCCGAGAAGCCAUAAAGGCGGCUACUUCAGGAUGCCCAGGGCCUGUUUUCGUUGAAUUUCCUGUAGAUGUUCUCUAUCCUUACCAACUUGUCGUCAAGGAAAUCGGCUUCAACCCUAAACCGAGUGGAUUCAUACAGAAAGCCCUUAAUUUUUAUCUGAGAUGUCACGUGUCCCGACAAUUCAGUGCUGCAUGGCAGCCGCAGGACAUUACUCCUCUACCGACACAAAUUCCGAUGCCUACACUCGAGGAGAAACUUCCUGAUGAUGCUAUUUUGGUGGCAGAUGGUGGUGACUUUGUUGGAUCAGCAGCAUACAUCGUACGACCACGUGGUCCAUUACAGUGGCUUGAUCCUGGAGCAUUUGGUACACUCGGUGUAGGUGGCGGAUUUGCACUUGGAGCCAAAGUGGUUCACCCUGACCGUCCAGUGUAUAUUCUCUGGGGAGAUGGGUCAUCUGGUUAUUCCAUUAUGGAAUACGAUACAUUUACUCGGCACAAGUUGCCAGUUAUUGGUGUUAUUGGUAACGAUGCUUGCUGGUCUCAGAUUGCUCGAGAGCAAAUUCCGAUGUUUGAUAGCAUGGCAGCUGCUUUGGGAGGAUGGGGCGUAACGAUUGAUGCUGAAAAUGUGUCAUCUACUGAAGAAAUUCUAGAGGAAGCUCUGCGUGAAAAUCGUCAGGGCAAAAGUGCUCUACUCAAUGUACUUAUUGGCAAAACGGACUUCAGAGAGGGUUCAAUAUCAGUGUAG